GCAGCCAUCCAAGCCAAACAGCUUCACCUCGAAGUCUCGGAGAUCAUCCCUGGUUCCCUUUACUUGGGCGCCGCCAACGCUGCGCGCGGCCUUGCGAAGGAGAACCACCUUGGAAUCACCCAUGUGCUCAACGUUUCAGACCUUUUUGCAUUGGCACCUGGCCGCCACGGGAAGGUUGUGGCGGAAUGGGUGCCGAUGGCGGAUGACGGCUUAGACAACGUCUUCGGACCAGAGCAGACAGCCGAGGAAUUUGAGGCAGCGAGGAAGAUCAACCCAGAGUGUCGCCCUUCGGGCGCAUACUGGCGGUGUAAAGAGUUUUUGGAGGCUGCCUUCGCCGAACAGUCCUCGCGUGUCCUCGUGCAUUGCGCUCUCGGCGUAAAUCGCUCCGCGACGAUAGUGUUGGCAUGGCUGAUGGAAACCAGGGGUUGGAGUCUGGCACAAGCUCUUCAACAUGUACAGAACCGCAGAUCCAUUGUACAUCCUGCGGAGAAACUGAAGGCGAACAUGUCAAGCUGUAUGUGA